AUGGGCCUUUUCAAAAAAUCCGAUAAAGACGGCGACUCCGACGAGUCGAACCGCCGAAUCCUCUUCGGUCGAUCGAAGAACAAGAGUCCCGCGCCGCCCGCCAACCCCUACGCUCAGCCUAUCCCCAUCGACCCCUACACAAAGGCCAAGAUUGGCAUCGGUGCAGCUCCUCUGCCAGCCGGUGAUGCGGGUGGCAUGAACUCCCCCGCCCCCGCAGGAGGACCCCACGCCAUCCCAUCCGACAACAAGUACCAGGGAUAUGCGCCCAACCGCUACGGUAACCAGGGAGGAUACGGCAGUGAUCGAUUUGGCAAUGGUUCUGGCGCUGGCGCUAGUCCCGCGUCCGGCUCGCGAUAUGGCGCCGGAGGCUAUGGCGGACUCGGCAGCGCUGAUCCCAACGAUCCCAAUGCGGAUGCCGCACGGAAUGAACUGUUUGGAGGCUCCAACCAUAGGUCGCAGCAAACGCCUCAGUCUGGCGGACCCCCUCCCCCAUACUCGCCUGACCAACCGGCCCAGCCUAGCAACUAUGGUGGCGGCAGCAAUGAGUACAGCAUGGCCACCUACCAGGAACGGCAACUGACGGCCGAGGAGGAGGAAGAGGAGCACAUUCAGGGUAUCAAGCAGGAGAUGCGUUUCGUGAAACAAGGUGAUGUUGCCUCGACACGGAACGCUCUGCGUGCGGCGGCUCAAGCCGAGGAGACUGGACGUUCCACUCUGGCUCGUCUUGGUGCGCAGGGCGAAAUGGUUCACGGAGCAGAGAAGAGCUUGGAUAUGGCCACUAUCGAGGGUCGCCUUGCUCAGGAGAAGGCUAAGGAACUGAAGACUCUCAACAAGAGCAUGUUCGCUGUCCAUGUUUCCAACCCGUUCACGAGUGCUUCGCGCCGCCGUGAGCGUGACGAGCGGAUCCUCAACACCCACCGCGAAGAGCGUGGCCUUCGCGACGAUACUCGCUCGGAGGCCUAUCAGACAAACGCCCGUAUGGAGCGCGUGUUUCGGGACAUCGACCGUGAAGCAACCAAGCAGGGCAAGGGCAAGAAGGCGAAUGUUACUGAGCGGGCCAAGUACCAGUUCGAGGCCGACAGCGAAGACGAGGCCAUGGAAGAUGAAAUUGAGCAGAACUUGGAUUUGCUUAGUGGUGCCGCCGGCCGGCUGAAUGGUCUUGCCAAGGCUACUGGCAAGGAGCUGGACGAGCAGAACCGACACUUGGAGCGUAUCACAGGCAAGAGCGAUUAUGUCGACGAUCAGAUUGCCAUGAACCGAGCCAAGCUAGACCGCAUUUAG